AUGCCAACAGCUACACCAACUGCUGCGAAAGUUGGGUAUAGCUAUAAAAUGGGAAAAAAUUUGAGAGAAGCUUAUACUAGGCAGCUUGUUUGCCUGGACAAGGUUCUCCUCAAGAAGAGAAGAAUUUUAGUGUUGGAUGAGGCUACUGCUUCUAUAGAAACUGCAACAGGUAAUUUAAUUCAAGAAACAAUAAGAGAAGAGACAAAGGGAUGCACGGUCAUUGCUGUAGCUCAUCGUAUACCCACUGUUAUUGACAAUGAAUUGGUUCUGGUUCUUGAUGAAGGCAAUGUUGUAGAGUAUGACUCCCCAGCUCAGUUACUCAAGGAUAAGUCCUCUUCAUUCUCAAAGUUGGUGGCUGAAUUCUUGAGGAGAUCAUCCAAGAGUAACUGCCAUUGGGAUAUUUCUUGAACGAAGGCCAAGAUUAUGAUGCAAACCAAUAAUAGCUGCCCCCUUGAAAGUCAGACAGUGAAUCGACAGAAUCGUUCAUGUUCCAAGCGCUCGGGAACCAUCU